AUGGCCCAUAAAGAGAACUAUCGAGCGUACCGUUCAAACAAAAGCACAAAAGGUCAACGACCUUCGACAAUCGAAUGCAAAGAAGUGGAAGAAGUGGUGGACGACGAACAGCAGAAACGGGAACGCCGUCCCACUCGUCGUGUUCACCGGAUGCGCUUGGGUGAAGAUCCAGGAAUCCUAUCAUCGGCAACAUCGACAACGUCAUAUGGUGGCAUAGUAAAUGAGUUGUUCGAUGGAAACGUUAUCUCCACUCAGCCAACAACCAGCAAUGGAAAUCCAAUAGCAAGUGGAGAAAAGCAGAAGGGAUUUGACGAUAAGCCACUUAUUUUUGGUGAGUUUGAGCCGCUUCUAUCUUCUCUUCUUUACCUUUCUUCUGCUAUCCCUUAUCAGUUGGAAAGAUAA